GAGCUUAGCCUUUUCUCCCCCAAAACAAUCGAAACCCUACCUGCCGCCAUCCUCCUCCCGCUCCCGCCUUCCCCCUUGUCGGCGCGGACGCUCCCCCCACAAAACCCUAGCGAAACCCCGCGGCGGCGGCGGAAGGGAGAGGAGAUAGAUGGCGUCGGAGGAGGAGACGAGCCGGCUUUUCCGCAUCCGCCGCACGGUGAUGCAGAUGCUGCGGGACAGGGGCUACCUCGUGACGGAGUUGGACAUCGACCUCCCGAGGGGCGACUUCGUCGCACGCUUCGGGGAUCCCGUCGACCGCGACCAUCUCGUCUUCAGCCGCCACAAGAAGGACAACGGCGCCGACCAGAUCUACGUCUUCUUCCCCAAGGACGCGAAGCCCGGGGUGAAGACGAUCAGGAGCUACGUGGAGAGGAUGAAGCAGGAGAGCGUGUUCAACGGCAUCCUCGUCGUGCAGCAGGCGCUCAGCGCGUUCGCCCGCAGCGCCGUGCAGGAGGUCUCCCAGAAGUUCCACCUCGAGGUCUUCCAGGAAGCGGAACUGCUUGUGAACAUUAAGGAUCAUACCCUUGUGCCAGAGCACGAGCUCCUGACGCCUGAGCAGAAGAAGACGCUGCUGGAGCGGUAUACCGUGAAAGAGACUCAGCUCCCCCGGAUUCAAAUUACGGACCCAAUAGCAAGAUAUUACGGCAUGAAGCGUGGGCAAGUUGUAAAGAUCAUCCGUGCUAGUGAGACCGCUGGAAGAUAUGUGACGUACCGUUAUGUGGUGUGAUCUUCACUACAUUUCACGCUUGGCCUAUGCGACGAAUAUUACCAGUGAAAAUCACUCUGUUGCUAAUUCAUUUCCUGUAGUAGAAACACUCGUCAGCAAGUAACAGAAGUGCUGGGGUGCCUUGUUUCUCUUUGUUGAGCUUGUUUGGCAUAGCGGUGUUAGCACUAGACGUAGGUUUCUGUAUCCGUGUUCCAUUUCACCCUACCAAAUCAUUUGUGGCUAUCAGAAAUGUGUUUGAUUGGGUGGGUCUAUUUCAUCUUUCGUGCCUGCCUGUAUGAUGUUUGUUUGAUUGAAAAUGGCAUAAGAAUGCCUUCCGGGACCA